ACUGGCUGUAGUGUUACAUGGUCCCCCUGCCCCUCGUACCUCCACUAAGGCUGUGAACUACCUAGAUCAAGAUCUACGUAUCCGAUCAGGUAAAUGUAUUCCUUCUUAGCCCACUGGAGGGCGAAUGAUCUAACGAUGUGACAUUUGCCGUGUUGACCAUCAUGACCUAAAGAGGACUGGAGUUUAUUCUGAUUCUGUUGACACACUAACUAAGGAAUGUUUUCGGACCUUAAACCUUGCGAUAUCAAUAACAUAGAUCUCUAUUAACCCUGCUUUCAUUAGGACUAGUGUAAUUUUUGCGUGUAUUUCAAUGGAGACUAUUUCGCUAUAGAUCUAUGGAUAUAUUAUAGAUCUAGUGUUGUUUCGUAUGAUGUAAACAUUGAUUGUUUACAAGGGAAUGUUCAAAGAAAGUCUAGGCAUCAGACAGAAAUAGUGUGAGGUAUACAUGUAUACUUUUUGAGUUAAACCAAUACGUGCUUCACGUGUCCACGUGGAUGUGAAUUUGAAAUGAAAUACAAUCAGAACAUAUUUUUAAUUAUCUGUCCUUGUAAAGACAUGCUUUGAGAGAAGCUGUGUUAUUGAUAACUAUUUAACAAUGCAAAAUGUGACUUGUGCGAACAUAUUCUUAAACCGUGUGCUCGGAGAUUUCUAAACCGUUCAUAGUUAGACAUGGAGAAGUUUAGGUUUCGUAAGAAAGAAACCUUACAGUCCGACGUCGAGCUACAGCAGCAGCUGCCGGCUCAACGUCAUCUUCAGAAGGAUCCACCCCCCUACCCUGGCAAGAAAAUACUUCCUGGCUAUCCUGCCAAGCAGCAGGACAGCCAUCCUGCGAUUCAACAACAGGCCGGCUACCUUUCAAAUCAAAAUCAGGCUGGGUACCCUGCAAAUCAGCCACAUGUUGGUUACUCUGCACAUACGACACAGGUUAGCCACCCUGCGAAUCAGCAAAAGACUGGCUACUCGGCAGAUCAACCACAGCCCAGCCAUCUUGCCAAACAUCUAGGGCAAGGAGGUGACUAUCAGAGCAUGCAGCUGAGACCAGAACCAAACGGCUACCAAACAAUGCAGCUGCAUCCCCACGCGUACUCGACGGAUCAGAAGAGGAUAAAGCAGCACACCAACUGGAGUGGCGUACUUCAAGACUUAUUUGGUCUCGAUUCUCCACAUACUGCAGAGUCUACCCAUGAGUCCACAAGUUCCGGCGUGGCGUCCGACGUCACUUCCGUUUAUCCAGCCACGCCCACCAUGACGACUUUCAAAGGAGAGUCUGUCAGCUCCGCCUGCUCGGCCAAGUCAAACGGCUCACAGGAUUCUGGGACGAAAAGUGCCUCUCUGUCGAGCUCGCCGAAGCCUGAACACUCACGUCAGUUCUUGAGAUGCACACGGCAAUCCCCUGCUCCUCCUCUUCCGCCGGUCCCGAGCGAUCCGCCUCCUCCCCUGCCCGCAAAGCAUCCGCUAAGAAUGAACAACGCACCUUCUCUGGCGGACAACAAUCGUGGGAACUCCUACUCGGAGUCUCCCACAAACCCUUCUCGGGUGAAAAAGCUUCGCGAAAGAAGAACUAGAAUGUCUGAGCAGGACAAUCCCCUUGUGAACAAUGACCCCAAGGGAUGGGGAGUAGGCCAAGUGAGGAGCUCGACGCCGCAGAGAACCAACACUUGUUACGCCUGCAAUAACUCAGAGCAUCGUGGCUUGGACACUUCCAUGUAUAAUGAUAUUAAUAAUUCUUUUGCUGAGGCCCUAAGGGAGGAGCAAUACAUCGAGGCGUUUGCGAAUACCAGAUUUAUUGAUCCUCAGGACGCAUUCUCGCACAAAGACCGUGUUAACAUGGCCCCUUCUCCGGUGUCUCCUGUGCCCCCUGGCGGGUAUUACUACAACAGGGAUAAUGCUCUAGGCCAGCAAGAGAUCUGGCUUAAUGAACUGGUUAAUAGAGACCCCAAAAUGCACCCGCGACACCAUCAGCAGCAGCAAAUGCAGCAAUAUCAUCAGCAACAGAAACAUCUCAGAAUACCUCAGCAACAACAUACCACCAGAACGUCGUCGCCAAUGCGCUGUGAUAAGAACGCUGCCACCACGCAAGAGCUUCAGAACGGUCUCGGUCACCCGCCAAACAAGUUCGACAGGGGCACACCGAUCGGCCACAACCACAACCUAAGCAGACCAGGCUCCGCCAUGAACAAUGCUGUCUCAGUUUCAGGGGCUCGACAGGGCACGCACUUGAGGACUUUUGAGCAGACAGACAGUCUCAGCCCCAAACAACCUAAUGUGUUUCAAACCCAGGCGCAGGUGCACCACAGCGGGCAACACGAAGAUCGCCCAGCGCAGCGCGCUGAUAGCAGAAUGAAAUUGUCCAAUGGACAUGCAGAUGUAGUGCAGCAGACAAACAAUUAUAGAUCGCCGGGACUCGUUAAUGGAGUAAAAAAUAUGUCGUUAUCUCAGGUGGACAUCAGUACAGCUAACAGCCCUGUGAUGAUUUCCAAAGGUAAAAGACAGAUGUCCAAGUCAAGUCCUUUUGAGUGCUUACCCAAUGACCUGCUGCUGAAGAUUUUCUUCCACUUACCUACAGAUCAUCUGUGUAGGUGUGCCCAGGUAUGCCGUCAAUGGUACAAUGCAGUCUGGGACAACCCUGCUCUCUGGACCUCUAUUGUGAUCAAUAACCCAAACAUUGAUAUUGAUAGAGCUUUGAAGUAUCUGACUAGGAGGCUGAGCUACAACACACCCAAGAUCUGCAUGAUUCUUGAGAAGAUCAACAUCAAUUUCUGUUCACGGCUGACUGAUCGUGGCUUGCAAACAGCAGUUAAGAGAUGCCCUGAACUCAGAUAUCUAGACAUGCAGGAAUGUCACCUGGUGACUAAUGAAGGUGUCACAGAGGCAGUAUCUCGAUGUGUCAACCUGGAGAGAUUGGAUGUCACUGGCUGCCCCAAGGUUACCUGUAUUACUUUGAUGGACUCUGUCAUAUCACAAAGUCCUUCAAAUCACUUGGAGAGAAUCUACCUGAGGUACCUAGACAUGACAGACUGUCCACACAUUACUGACCAGGACCUGAUGAUCAUCACUUCGCAGUGCACCCAGUUGCUGUUCUUCUAUCUGCGGCGCUGUCCGCUCAUCACUGACCUAGGAGUCAGCUACAUUGCCAAUAAUUGUACCAGUCUAAGAGAGCUAAGUAUGAGUGACUGUCUCAACAUCACUGACCUAGCCAUGAGAGAGCUUGCCAAGCUACGGGACAAUCUGAGAUAUCUAAGUGUGGCCAAGUGUGAGAAGGUUUCUGAUGAAGGUGUCAUCAACAUUGCCAAGAACUGUAGCAAACUUCGAUACCUGAAUGUCCGAGGAUGCGAAGCUGUCUCCGACAUUGGCUUAGAAUUCCUGGCCAGGAACUGCCCAAGGUUACGCUCCCUGGACAUUGGCAAAUGUGACAUUACAGAUGUAGGCUUGUAUGCCUUGUCCAGCUACUGCCCACAGCUAAAGAAGCUUGGUGUCAAGUCCUGCGAUGCAAUAACUGACAAGGGCAUUGUUGUUGUAGCCUUUAACUGCCAUUCACUUCAGCAGCUUCAUGUUCAGGACUGCUGUUUGUCUGCUGAUGCCUAUGCUGUUGUCAGAAAAUAUUGUAAGCGAGCUAUUAUUGAACACACCAAUCCAGGUGUUUUAUAAGUAGCGUGAAAUUAGUUGCCAGCAGUUCUACAGAAACAUUGUCUUCAUCUAGCUCUACUCAUAUUUAAGGAAAUACUUUCAUGUACACUAUUUUAAAAACAUUUAACUUAACAGACCAAAUGUCUUAUAGCAUUAGCUAAGUGUUUAUUAAACGUGAUAAUAUAGACUAGUAUAAUCUUUCAUGAUUCUUGACUAAGUUUUUAUCAUUUGUGAUGAUGGUCUAUAGAAUUUUCUUUACUCUAUAAAAAAAAAAAAAGUUUCAUAAUUAGAUUUGUCAAAAUCUUCCUUUGUUUAUGAGCUGACAUAUGUUCUCUGUUUACCUGGUCAUUUGAUAUGCACAUUGGACUGUUGUCUCAAUAGUCAUGGAUUUGAAACCAGCCCACCACAAUCCCCCAUCAUCCUGCAGGAGGUUUGGGCUAGGAUGUAAUAAUCUUUAAUUUUGAAGGAGCAUCUGAAACAUAAAAGAAAUUCUACUCUUAUUAUGAGACUUGGGACUUUAUCUUGGGUUGUUUCAAUCUCUAGCUAACUUCACUCUUUCACUCUAUUAUUUGUAAUUUUCCCCUUUCUUUCUCCCCACCUCAGUAACAAUAAAAGCUAAUUACUGUAAAGUACAAUCAUAUAAAUAUUUAAAUAAAUGUGUCUGAACCAAUGUUUUGAACCCUUUUUUUUUGUACAGCCAUUAUUCAGUCUUCAUAGUUGUUCCUUGAACUAAAUCUGGAACUUUGGUUAAACCAGCUAGACAUGAAAGCUUAAUGAAACAAUUAAAUGUCUUCUUCACCUAUCCCUUAAUCUGUUGAACCAUUGGGGCUCCACACAUGGUCUAUUAACUGUCUUUCUCAUUCCUCUCUGUCUUUUGCCUUGGAUAGAAUCUCUUUCAGUGACAGGCUCUUCAAUUCUUUUAUAAUGUCUUUCUAUUGUCUACAUCUUCUUCUUUUUCCUGGUACUGUUCUCUGAAGGAAGGCAUUUAUUAGCACUGAGCACCUUGUGUUAAGGGCAUAAAGUUUUAGUUUGCGUUUUUUUGACAGUGGUCAGCAGGUCAUCGUGGGGCCCUAUUCAGUGAUCCUGUUUGUUAUCUCCUCGUUCAUGAUGCAGUCUUUGUACUUAGGAUUCUUUUACAGUAUAUGAGUUUUAUUGCUAAGAUCCUACUCUCUAGUUCUGCAGUUAGCAUCCAAGAUUCACAAGCAUACAAGAAUGUGACCAAGAAGCACACCUGUCUGAUUUUAGGCUAUGCCUUGAUCUUUCCAGAUUGUUUUAAGCAUUGCAAGUUCUUCUGUGGACUGUGCAAUUCUGGCUAGUAGUUUAGGUUUGGUUCCUACAUCUAAAAUACCUCCGAGGUAUUUAAAACUACUAACACUUGCCAGCUUUUUGACUCCAAUACUGGUGUCCAUUUUUAAGGCCUGUUGAGUUCAAUGUCACCAAAUGUUUAAUUUCAUUUUGAGCAGAAAAGUUAUAGACGUCUUAUUAUUCAUUUAAUUAACUUCUUGUUUACUUAAAAAAUUUUAAAUUUACAAUCUUUGGAUUUUAAAAUUGAACAUUUUUAUUAGUACAAAAUAUGAAUUAUUUUUAUUAUAAAGUAUGAAAUGAUUGAAUUGAUACAAAUUUUAAUGAAACUCUACUUUGUUGAUGUACAGUUGGUUGAUAUUUAGCUCAUGCUGUUUUCUGACAAUAUACAAAAUAGCUGUAAUAUAUUUGUUAAUAUUUUUUGUGUAAAAAUGUCAAUAAUUUGCAGAGUUGUGUAUUUAUUUAUUUAUUCAGAUUGUGUGAGAUAAUUUGAAAAUGUACAUGUUUUUUUUUUUUAAAAGACAAUGUAUCCUUACUUCAGAGCUACAAUCAAGACCAUAAUUGUUCAUAAUUUUGUUAAUUGAAACAUAAGCUUGAGGAUUGUCUUACUAUUUAGUGAUGUUGUGUAGUCUGUAUAAUCUUUUAGAUUUUAUGAUGUGGGGAAGACGGUAAAAGGAAGAAUGAAAGGAUCAUAACAACUGUCAGUAAUAGGAUGAACUAUUUGUAAUGUAGCAACUGUCAGUAAUAGGAUGAACUAUUUCUAAUGUCGCAACUGUCAAUAAUAGGAUGAACUAUUUCUAAUGUAGCAACUGUCAUUAAUAGGAUGAACUAUUUCUAAUGUAGCAACUGUCAAUAAUAGGAUGAUUGAUUUCUAUUGUAUCAACUGUCAUUAAUAGGAUGAACUAUUUCUAAUGUAGCAACUGUCAUUAAUAGGAUGAACUAUUUCUAAUGUAGCAACUGUCAAUAAUAGGAUGAUUGAUUUCUAUUGUAUCAACUGUCAGUAAUAGGAUGAACUAUUUCUAAAGUAGCAACUGUCAGUAAUAGGAUGAUUGAUUUCUAUUGUAUCAACUGUCAGUAAUAGGAUGAACUAUUUCUAAAGUAGCAACUGUCAGUAAUAGGAUGAUUGAUUUCUAUUGUAUCAACUGUCAGUAAUAGGAUGAACUAUUUCUAAAGUAGCAACUGUCAGUAAUAGGAUGAACUAUUUCUAAUGUAGCAACUGUCAUUAAUAGGAUGAACGAUUUGUAAUGUAGCAACUGUCAGUAUUAGGAUGAAUUAUUUCUAAUGUAGCAACUGUCAUUAAUAGGAUGAACGAUUUGUAAUGUAGCAACUGUCAGUAAUAGGAUGAAUUAUUUCUGAUGUAGCAACUGUCAGUAAUAGGAUGAAUUAUUUCUAAUGUAGCAACUGUCAUUAAUAGGAUGAAUUAUUUCUAAUGUAGCAACUGUCAGUUGUAACUAUUCACAUGAUUUCUUAAGAUUCUUGUGAAUUCAAAGAUGUAAUGGACAUAUGUAAAGAAGAGAGUGACAAGAUUGCUGUAGGAGAAACUUUUUUAGAAUAUGUAAAUAAUUAGCAGUAAAUAUCUCUCUAUCCCAGAUAGGUCCAUUGAUAACAGUUAGUUAUUCAACCAAAACAGUGAUUGAAGAAAGAUUCUGUUCAUUUGAGUAAACAAUAGACACAACAACAACAAAAAAAGAUAAAAAUCUGUUUUAUAUGAUAUUUGUAUAUUUUAUAAAGAAAUGCCUGUUGAAAGAGGGGACAUGACAUAUUAGCAGCACUAGAGUACAAUGUUUCAAAGUUUACUUUGAUAACUUAAAUUAUUACCACUUUUGAAACUAUAUAUAAAAAGUUCUAUUGUUGGGGGAGAUACAGAUGCAAAUAGACAGAAUCUUUGUCUUUGGAAGAAGCCUCGGCUCCAAAAUGUGUUGGCUUUUAUAUUUAAUUGAUGGUGAAAGUGUGUGUUGUGAUAUGGGGGAAGGGGUUCCUGGUCUUGUAAUAGUGUGACCCUGGGUCAGAUAACUUGAAAUCUUUAGAAGCUCUUUCAAAGCUCUUUUCUUUUGUGGCCUGAAAUGGUCGUCAUAUAUUAGAUUUUGUCCCCUUUAGACAGUCUUGCCAGGUUGCAGAUCUUUGGUUCAUGUCUUUGUUGGAGUCAAUCUAUGUCUCAUUUUAAUUUCUUAACCUUUUCACAAUAAUCAUUGUAGCCUAGUGCUGCUUUUAUGUUCUACAUGUUAUGUUUAUUUAUCAGUUGUUUCAGACUUUUUUGUUUCACUGGUUCAUUCAGGCGCACUAUUGUUUUAAUUAUCAAUUUCCCAUGUUUUAAAAUUCCUAAAGAGAUGUUUGGGAAAGAGAGUGUCAUGUACAUAUACAUACAUUGUUCAUCACAUUCCACAGUCUUGUGAUAUCUCAAACAUUUUCCAUGCUACUAUAAAAGUGUUCCAAACGUGUUCUUAGAUAUGGAUACUAUUUAUACAUAAUGUUUAUAUUAAUACAAACUAUUAUUAUGUAUUAACAUUUGGUACAGUUUUGUACUAAAUCUGUUUAAUAAAGUUUUUGUCUUGUUUUUCUUGUUACAUUCAAUGUCCUACAAUAAUCUAUAUAAAUACACUUGUUUGUUUCUGUCAAUAAAUACUAUGACACUUGUUUGUUUCUGUCAAUAAAUACUAUUUGAACAU